GAGAAACCAAUGCUAUGCUCUUACGUCUUUAGUUGUAUCCCGACCUCCUUACUCAUUUUCUCAAUCCAAGUUUCCAAGUGCUAACCAUCGAUGGCUGAGGCAACAAAGAGGUAUGCAGUUGUUACAGGGGCGAACAAGGGUAUUGGAUUCGAAACAGUUAAACAGUUGGCUUCAAACGGGAUCGUUGUGGUGUUAACAGCAAGAGAUGAGAAGAGGGGUCUUGAAGCUCUCCAGAAACUGCAACACUCAGGUCUCUCAGAUCGAGUGGUUUUCCACCAGCUUGAUGUGUCUGACCCUGCUAGCAUUACUUCUUUUGCAGAUUUCACCAAAACCCAGUUCGGGAAACUUGAUAUCUUGGUCAACAACGCCGGGAUUCCUGGAGCUAUAGUAGAUGGGGAUGCUUUAGCAGCUUCAGGUCAUGGUAAGGAAGGUGCCAUAGUCGAUAUGAGCAAAAUUUUUGUUCAGACUUAUGAGUUGGCUGAAGAGUGCAUUAAAACAAACUACUAUGGCGCCAAAAGAAUGAUUGAAGCAUUUGUUCCCCUCCUUCAGUUAUCCAAUUCACCAAGGAUUGUUAAUAUUUCCUCUUCCAAUGGAACCUUGAAGAAUGUACCAAACGAGUGGGCCAGAGGAGUGUUAGGGGAUGCCGAAAGACUUACAGAUGAAAGAGUGGACGACGUAUUAGGAGAAUAUCUGAAAGAUUUCAAAGAGGGACGCUUGGAAUCCAAAGGCUGGCCGACUGCCUAUGUGGUUUCGAAAGCAGCUGUGAGUGCCUAUACCAGAAUUGUGGCAAAGAAAUAUCCCUCUUUUCGAGUCAAUUGCGUCUGUCCUGGCUAUGUCAAGACAGAGAUGAACCAUAACAAUGGCUUGCUAACGGUUGAAGAAGGUGCUGAAAGUCCUGUAAGGUUGGCACUGCUGCCAAACGACGGUCCUUCUGGCCUCUUCUUUGUUCGGAAUGAAGUGUCCACUUUCUCAAUGGCUGAAUCAACAAAGAGAUAUGCAGUUGUUACAGGGGCGAAUAAGGGGAUUGGGUUUGAAAUAGUUAGACAGUUGGCUUCAAACGGGAUCGUAGUGGUGUUAACAGCAAGAGAUGAGAAGAGGGGUCUUGAAGCUCUGCAGAAACUGCAACGCUCCGGUCUCUCAGAUCAAGUGGUUUUCCAUCAGCUUGAUGUGUCUGACCCUGCUAGCAUUACUUCUUUCGCAGAUUUCAUCAAAACCCAGUUCGGGAAACUUGAUAUCUUGGUGAACAACGCAGGGAUUGGUGGAGUGAAACUAGAUGCUGAUGUUGGGGCAGGAGCCGGAAUUGAUCGGAGUAAACUGAUUCAGAAUUAUGAGUUAGCUGAAGAAUGCUUGCAAACAAACUACUAUGGUGCUAGAAGAAUGGCUGAGGCACUCAUUUCUGUCCUUCAAUUGUCCAGUUCACCAAGGAUUGUUAACAUUUCAUCGGCCAUGGGGAAGUUAGAGAACAUUCAAAAUAAAUGGGCUGAAGGAAUUUUAGGUGAUGCUGAAAACCUUACUGAAGAAAAAGUGGAUGAGGUGUUGAAGGAGUUUCUAAAAGAUUUUAAAGAAGGUUCUCUGGCAUCCAAAGUGUGGCCAACUUUUCUAUCUGCCUAUACAGUCUCAAAAGCAGCCAUGAAUGCCUACACAAGAAUCCUGGCCAAAAAGUAUCCAAGUUUCUGCAUCAACUGUGUCUGCCCUGGCUUUGUCAAGACAGAUAUUAAUCGAAACACUGGCAUAUUACCUGUUGAAGAGGGUGCUUCAAGUCCGGUGAGGUUAGCCCUGCUGCCCAAUGGCAGUCCUUCCGGCCUCUUUUUUAUUCGGAAGGAAGUGUCUUCUUUCUGAGCAUUACAAUAAAAUAUAUAUAGCCUUUGUACGAGAGUAAAUACAAAGAAAUGGAAAGGCUAUCUAAAUAUCUGUACUUUCAAUUGGAGUAGCUGUUAUAUUUAUACUCAAUUACAUGUUUAUUCGAGUGUUGCUGCACUUGAUCAGAAACUGGGAUAUAUAGUUUACAGGUGAGAUGAAUAUCUAUAUUUGUUAGGUUCGGUUAUCUGGUUCUUUGUCACAUUGUUGUUGUGCUUCAGCUUCUCAUCCUUAUGAGUUUGAUCUUAA